AUGAACACCGCUAAGGAUUUCCUUGCGGGGGGUAUUUCAGCAGGUGUGUCCAAGACCAUCGUCGCUCCCAUUGAGCGUGUCAAGAUGCUGAUCCAAACGCAAGACUCGAUCCCGGAGAUCAAGGAGGGAAAGAUGCCCCGCUACACGGGUAUUGUCGAUUGCUUUCGCCGUGUCUCCGCCGAACAGGGUGUCGGGUCCCUUUGGAGAGGCAACCUGGCUAAUGUCAUCCGGUACUUCCCUACGCAGGCAUUUAACUUCGCCUUCAAGGAUACCUUCAAGCGCAUGUUCCCCAAGUACGACCAGAAAAAAGACUUCUGGAAGUUCUUCUGCACCAAUGUUGCGUCUGGUGGUCUGGCUGGUGCUUCUUCAUUGGUUAUUGUGUAUCCUCUAGACUUCGCAAGAACUCGUCUCGCUUCGGACGUUGGCAAGGGCAAUGAACGCGAAUUUACCGGAUUGAUGGACUGCCUGAACAAGAUAUGGCGCCGCACCGGGUUCUUCUCGCUGUACCAGGGCUUCGGCGUGUCAGUCCAGGGUAUCAUCGUCUACCGCGGAGCGUACUUCGGCCUCUUUGACACGGCGAAGGCGAUGCUUUUCGGACCCAACAAUGACGCAAACAUCUUCUACAAAUGGGCCGUCGCGCAGACCGUGACCGCUGCCGCUGGUGUCGUCUCCUACCCCUUCGACACUGUCCGAAGAAGAAUGAUGAUGAUGGCAGGUCGCAAGAAGGGAGAGCAGGAGAUUCAGUACUCUGGAACUGCAGACUGCUGGAAGAAGGUCUACCAGCAGGAAGGUUUCAAGGGCUUCUUCAAGGGCGCGUGGGCUAAUGUCCUGCGUGGCGCGGGUGGUGCGCUUGUUUUGGUUUUCUAUGACGAGCUCAAGAAGAUGCUCAUGUAG